AUGUUGUCACAUCUCUCCAAGAACAAGAAAGUACUACUGGCCGGCUCGCGGCUGGCAAGAAUGGCGUCGACUGGCGCCGUCAGCAGUGGAGCUGCGGCUCCGGCGGGCAGCUCUCAUCCACAGACUACGUCUGUGGAGAAAGCUGGCACCGGGCCUGCAUCUUUCAAGACGGCCAAGGUUAUCGAGACCAAUCACGACGACAAGCCCAACGUGGUGAUUCUGGGGUCUGGCUGGGGUGCCAUCUCUUUUCUGAAACACAUCGACACCAAGAAAUACAACGUCUCGAUCGUUUCGCCAAGAAACUAUUUCCUUUUCACGCCUCUACUGCCCUCCACGCCUGUCGGAACCGUGGACGAAAAAUCGAUCAUCGAGCCCGUGGUUAACUUUGCACUCAAGAAGAAGGGCAACGUCACGUACUAUGAGGCGGAGGCUACUUCUAUCAACCCUGACAGGAACACGGUCACGAUCAAGACGAUCUCGACCGUGCAACAGCUGACCAAGCAGGAGCAGUUCUUGGGCAUCUCGCAGGAGGACGCAGCGGAGAUUAAGUACAACUAUCUGAUCACGGCGGUCGGAGCCGAGCCCAAUACGUUUGGCGUGCCGGGUGUCGAGGAAUACGGUCACUUUCUCAAGGAAAUCCCCCACUCGUUGCAGAUCAGGGAAAAAUUCGCCAAGAACCUGGAGAAGGCCAACCUGCUGCCAAAGGGCAGCCCGGAGAGAAAGAGACUGCUGUCGAUAGUGGUUGUUGGUGGUGGCCCGACCGGUGUGGAGGCCGCCGGUGAGCUGCAGGACUACGUUCACCAGGAUUUGAGAAAGUUCUUGCCCUCGUUGGCCGAGGAAGUGCAGAUCCACCUCGUAGAGGCCUUACCGAUCGUCUUGAACAUGUUCGAGAAAAAAUUGUCCUCGUAUGCCCAGAAGGUGUUGACCGACUCUACAAUGAAACUACACUUGAGAACGGCUGUCGGAAAGGUCGAGAAGGAUCAUUUGAUCGCCAAGACCAAGCAUGAAGACGGAUCCGUCACUGAGCAGACCAUCCCAUACGGUACCUUGAUCUGGGCUACCGGUAACAAGGCUAGGCCUAUCGUCACCGACCUGUUCAAGAAAAUCCCAGAACAAAACAGUUGCACAAGAGCUCUCGCGGUUAACCAAUUUUUGCAGGUCAAAGGUUCCAACAACAUUUUCGCCGUCGGUGACAACGCAUUUGCUGGUUUGCCUCCAACCGCACAGGUGGCUCACCAACAGGCUGAGUACUUGGCAAGGUCGUUCGAUAAGAUGGCUCAGCUACCUGGCUUCCAUGAGAAGCUUGCCCAGAGAAAGGAAAAGGCAGAUGUGCUUUUCGAGGAGAAUGGAUUCAAGAGCUUUAACUACAUCCACUACGGUGCAUUGGCCUACUUGGGUGCUGAAAAGGCAAUCGCCAAUAUUUCAUACGGUAAGCGGUCCUUGUACACCGGGGGAGGUCUGAUUACCUUCUACAUCUGGAGAGUGCUAUACUUGUCUAUGAUCCUAUCAGCAAGAUCGAGAUUUAAGGUCAUCACUGACUGGAUGAAACUGGCCUUUUUCAAGAGAGAUUUUUUCAAAGAUUUGUAA